GAAUCUGCAAGUGGGAUCCUCAGCUCUUCUUUCCCUCGAGGGGCCAAGGGUCCCCUUCUCUUGAGACCCAGGACUUCAAACCCCUCCGCUCCUUCUUUCCUUAAGCCUUAGAAUCCUUGUCCCUAGCCACUUCUCCCAGAAUCACAAUUUUCAUCCUCAUGCCUGUUCUUUUUAUGGGGACUCAGGAGCCUAGCACCCCAGACUCCAUCUAUGCUAAAGGAUGUAGGGGUCCAGCUAUCAGCUCCUUCAUCCCUUGGGCACUCACCAACCCUGAGUGUCCCUUCCUCAUUCCAGAACUGGGAGUUUGGGCCCCAAGCCUUCCCGCUGGACCGUGGAGUCCAUUCCCAGGCCCUCUUUCAUAGGUGCCUCCAUGGCCGGCUCCGAAGAGCUGGGGCUCCGGGAGGACACACUGAGGGUCCUAGCUGCCUUCCUCAGGCGGGGUGAAGCUGCCACAGGCUCCAUCACCCCACCCAGGAGCCCCAUACAGGAGGAGCCAGCAGACUUCCUGAGCCGCCUUCGAAGAUGUCUUCCCUGUCCCCUGGGGCGAGGAGCAGUUCCCCCUGAGUCCCCUCGGCCUUGCUCCCUGCCCCUCCGCCACUGCUAUGGUUCAGAACCUGGCCCUGCUACUCCAGACUUCUACGCCCUGGUGGCCGAGCGGCUGGAACAAUUGGUCCAAGAGCAACUGAGAUCCCCACCUAGCCCAGAGUUACAAGGUUCUGCACCUACAGAGAAGGAAGCCCUGCUGCGGAGGCUGGUGGCCUUGCUGGAGGAGGAGGCAGAAGUCAUUAACCAGAAGCUCGCCGCGGACCCCGCCCUGCGCCGCCAGCUGGCCCGGCUCUCGGCCGGCUCCUUCUCCCGCCUGGUGGAGCUGUUCUCCAGCCGGGAGGGCAGCCCUGGCCCGGGCCGCACCGGGCAGUCCUUGCCUUGUCCCGGCCCGCCGCCGCCCUCCCCGGAGCCCCUGGCCCGCCUGGCCCUGGCCAUGGAGCUGAGCCGGCGCGUGGCGGGGCUGGGAGGCACCCUGGCGGGACUCAGCGUGGAGCAUGUGCACAGCUUCGCACCGUGGAUCCAGGCCCGCGGCGGCUGGGUGAGCGGCAGCCCUCAGGCCCUCCCUUGAGCAGCCGGAAUGGCUGGCAUCUUAGACGUUUCACCUGUGGACUUGAACUUACCCCUGGACUGAGACCUUCCUCAGAAGCUGCUACCGACUGGACCUCACGUUCUCUGCUCCUCUUCCACUCAGGGCUUUGGGGUGGCCGUCCUCCCCGCAUUUGCCAAAAAGAAACCGCUUUUAAAUGUUUUCAUAUUAAACA